AGAAUGUUCUAGUAGUGAACUUGCAGCAGACACAGUUCUAAUUAGAGUGUUGCCGUUAAGCUAUAUGCAAUAAGUUAUAAACUCGAAUAUCGAGCAAUAAGUUUCAAGUUGUUGGAAUAAGGAUAAGUGUAUAGCCAUUAAAUUGGGACUUUAAUUUAACAAUCUAGUGAUCGAACUCAAGAGUGAGUUACAGAUAGCCGAUUUAUCGAGAAAACUGUUGCAAUAUUUUAUAACGAAUAUCGAUUUUUUUUCGAAACUAAUCGUCUUGAAAUCACAGGUAUUUGUGUAUUUUAGUGUUAUAAAAUUGAACAAAUCGUAUAAUGAUUUCCUCGAAGAAAAGUAAACAAAUUUUUCCUCCAGUACCAUGUCAAUGGAAAGAAUGCGUUGGUUCUUUUAACGAUGACUGGAAAUUGAAUGAGCAUAUUAAAAGUCAUUUGGAGGUGCUCGUUCAAAAAAAUAAUGAAGCAUUUGAUUGCCCUUGGAAUGAUUGCAACUUUGUUACGACUGACUAUACAGAAAUUAAGCGUCACAUAUAUUAUCAUGGGUAUUACACAUCCCUUGUAGUAAGAGGAAAAUAUGAAUGUGAGCAAAAUCCAAAUAUUCCUAGUUGCAGUGCUCGUCCAAAAGAAGCUGAUAAGAUCCCCGAUUUGAAGAGUAACUUUCUUUGUGAAUGGACCGAUUGUCAACGAGCAUUUGUGUCUAUAGUUGAAUUUCAAGAUCAUAUUGUUCAACAUGCAUUAUUUGAAUAUGAGAUUCAGAAAUCUCCGAAUGAUACUCGGCCAAAAGUUAAAUGCAAAUGGAGCAUUUGCCGCAAGCUUUUAGAAAAUAAGUAUCGGCUAAUUGAACAUAUCUUUACUCACGCGAAUAAAAAAUCACUUGCAUGCUAUCGCUGCGGUGAAGUAUUCAGGACUAGGACAACUUUAUUUGACCAUCUAAGAAGACAACCUGAAAAUAAUACUCACAAAUUUCAAUGUGACCAGUGCUUUAAAUAUUUUGCGACAGAAAAACUAUUACGAUCACAUUUCUUAAAACACGUAAAUUGUUACAAGUGCAGUCUCUGCAAUAUGUCCUGCCCGUCUUCAAGUUCAUUAGCCACACAUAUACGUUAUCGGCACCUGAAGGAUAAGCCUUUUAAAUGUACUGAAUGUGAACAUCGUUGUGUACGAAAAAGCGACUUGCAAAAACAUAUGAAACACAUUCAUAGCAAUCAAGUUCAUCGUUGUGAACAAUCUGGGUGUAAUUAUGCUGUACGGACAUAUAAUUUAUUAAGACGACAUUGUUUGGAAGUUCAUGGUAACAGUCCAUUUAUAUACAUGUGUCAUUGCUGCGAUAAAUUAUUCAAACAUAGUAAAUAUCUGUCAAAGCAUUUGAUCAAGAAACACGACUUUAAACUACCAUCUGGACAUAAACGGUUUACAUACCGUAUUGAUGAAAAUGGAUUUUACUUACUAGAAACAUUGCGAAUUGAAAGCUUAGAAGUAACUAAACAAAUUUUAUCACCCCACCCCGUGGAAGCCUCUGACUUAACGGAAGAUAGUAGUUGUUAUGAGAUAGUUUCUAUGACUAACGAACAGGAUCAACGUGUAAUUGUUCCAAAUGAUGCAAAUGAAGCACAACUAGUAGGUGAAGUUGUUAUAUCAUUGCAUUUAGGCAACGAGAGUUGAUUACAUAAUAAAAAAAAUUAACAAACAUUUACAUUUUAAUACUUGACUCAAUUUUACCUUGUACCAUGGGUAUUUAGAAUAGUAUAUUAUCAUUAAACUCUAUUCCUACUCUAGAACAUUUUAAUACAUUAUAAAUAAACAAUAUGUGUAUGUUUAUA